GAGAAGGAAAGUUAUACGAGGCGUCGACUCUUGCGCGAUGUGACAUGGAUAGAUACUUUUAGAAGACAUGAUUCCAUUCCGUAUUUUUGUGAUCAGUAGUGAAGUGCUAAGUGAUUACUAAGAAAUGAUAACUUGUGUAAAAAUAUGAGUGAAAAACAUUGUUAGAAAUAUUUAACUUAUUUGGACCUAUUAAUGGAUAAAGUUAUGAACAUUUUUUCAGAAACUAUGCCGUGUGCCAAAGAAGAAUGAGGUCGGGUCAGUACAAGCUGUCUGGGACGGCCGUCCGGGUAUCCCAUGAUGACGUCAUGGGUCAGUUCCGGUCUACCCGGGAGGAGCUGCCCCCGGCGGAGUCCCCGGUGGGUGAUUUUCCGCACAUGAACUCCCUCGUGCUCACCAUGAAUAAGAUUUCCGAGCCCCGGCCGUCGCGAGGACUCAACAAGAGCUCGGAGAGCGUGAGCGGGGCUCGAUGUAGCGGCACCAAGGUCGAGAAGCGGGUCAAGAACCUACUGCAGAAGGGCGGGAGCCUACGCCAGGAGCCGCCGACCGCUGCGAAGGACACGUGGCAGUACGGGCACGUAGUCACGCUGCCCCGACGACCCCGCCUGGCCCUCCCACUCUCGCACUCCACCCACGACCUUGUGUCGUCCUCCGACACGGCUUCAUGCUUAAGUGCCAGCAGCGGCUACUCCUCGUCCUCCUCCAGCAGUUACGGCAGCUUCAAGAGCGGCACUUCGAGUAAUUGCUCGACAAUGCCGAGGAAGAAGUGCCUUAGUGAGUGCAGCCGCGGGGAGGACGGGUCCCCCCAUACCCCUACCAGGUCAUGCACGCUAAUUGACAACCCGAUGUACGACCUGACUCCCGGCUCCGCCCGCGGAGGUCCCCUGGCCUCCAGCCACGACCCCCGCCCCACGCGCCGCGUCUCCGGCAGCGAACCGCGCAUCGACGAACUCCACCGGCGGGGCGACCCGGACAUGUUCUUCGGGGUGUCACGCUGCCGAGGGUCGCCGUCGCCCAAACCCGACCCGGAGUACGACGUGGCGCUCGACGGGUCACGGGCCUCGUCCAGGAGGUACUCAAGACGACGCAGCUCUUCGGUCCCGCGCCCCGACCCCGCGCACGACCACUUCUCCGUGGCGGACGAUUCGGGGCAUCGCCACAGACUGCGCAGCGGGUCCAAGCGCCGCAGCCCCCUCCCCGCCGACCCUAUCUACGACGUCAUUCCGGGCGAAGUUCCAAGCCCUCGGCGACGAUUCUCUUACGAGAGCAGCUUCUACGAAACAGCGCAGCCCAGCAGACUGGCCUCCUCGCACGCAGGCGCCCACAUCGGGUCCCAGGGGGCGCUGGAUUCCCUGGGCGAGUCGGGCCUGGACUCCUUUGAGUUCCCCCGCGCCGGCCAGGGCGACGACCAGGUGGCCCGUGAGUGCAGGGAGUACUUCCAACGGCGACUCAAAAACUCGGAGACGCUGCGCAAGCGCUGGUCCACCUGCUCUGCCGACUCGGGGGCAGACUCCGCCGACAGCGAGGUCUCCCCCUCCAGCAGCAGCAGCCAGGACCCCGCGCCACAGCACGCCUCAGGGAGUCCCGACGUCACAUCAGCGCAGGACGCUGCUUCCGGAGUCGCGCCCGCAGAAGGAAGCCGAGCAGCCGCCGCCUCGAAGACGCCGCUAGACUGUAAAAUGCAGUUUCUUCGUAAGGAGAUCGCCUCGCUCAUCAACCAGGACAACGAUCUCUUCCGCCAGCUGUUAACGCUCCACGAGUCCAUCUCCGCCCUCAAAUCCACGCCCGCCCACACCCACAACUCCCCCUCGCCCGACUCCCUUGACUCCUUCACGGAGGAGGAGGAGGAGGAGGAAGAGGACGACGACGAGGACGACGACGACUUAGAGGACGAGGUCGAUAGGGAUGAGGAUCAGGACGAAAGGGUCCUGCGGAAAGUCCUAGAGAUGUCGGACGUGGACGAGGGCCUGGAGAUGGACCACUCGCUCAGCCACUCCGCCAGUCCCACGUCCACCUUGUCGUCGAAGUCGUCGAGCCGCUCGCAGGACUCGCAUUACUCCCAGUUAACUUCCUUGCAGGCACCAAGCGUAGGCUCCAGCCCCGCCCACAGUCACUCGCCACUCAGCUUCUGCAGGACUUCGCGAACACCGCCCACCGACUCCUACCAGCACCGCCACGCCCACGCACAGCAACACCACAGCCUCCCCGACUCACACCCCUCGGCCCACGAGGACCAGCACGCCCAUGCAGAGCACCAAAGCGCCGCUGGCCAGCCCGCCUUUAUGCGCUCCAGGAAGUCCUACGCGCCCACCGCCCGCAACCGGCGCCGGUCGUCGUCAGCGCACCUGCUGUGCCGCCCCGAGCUGGAGGGUCACGUCAGCCCCGAGUACCAGGCGUUGGCGGCGCACCAUGGCUACUGUGACUCCGGGGCGCCCCUCUCGGACCCCGGGGCGCACGCCGAAGCCACGAUCGAGCACGCUAGUGCGCAAGUAACCCUCCCGAGCCGCCCACGCUCAAGGUCUGCCGUAAUGAACGCCUCCGACACACCCACCGACCGCCCACGCUCAGCCUCUACCGCCAAGAGCACGCCCAACACCCCCAAAGGCCGCCCGUGUUCUGGUUCCGCAUCCAACGCACCCGUGAGCCGCUCAGUCUCGGGGUCCACGGGCAUGGGCGGAGCGGGAGGCGAGGGGUCGCAUGCCCAUAAGUACCCAGUAUUCAGGGAGGUGCUCAUAAUGUGAAGAUUCGGGCGUGACGGUAGGACUUCCAGCAACUGUGCGAACACUGUUUACUCACCUCUUACUCACCAUGAGCCACGUGUACAUAGGGUCACUCACACAGCAAAGAAUCUUAGCUACACUUAACCCGGUUUACAUGUGGACACGUGCGAAUCGCACUGCUUCUGGACAAUGUAAAACAACACACUCACUGCCCCGAAGCACACAAGAAGCACUACAUGCGUUCUUACACUCAUGGUUUUCACACGAAGCAUCAGAACUUUCUUCUUUAAAAAUUCUUUGCAUGCCCAUUGCAUGAUGGAUAACCUGACUCAAACUUUUCUUGCCCUCUGGCACAUUCAGAGGAUCUGCUUCGUCUUCUUUAAAGCUAAUGCAUUACGUAACACCGUCCGUGUUUGUCUUCACUGGAUAACAAGACCUAACUGUGGAAUGCCGUGGACAACAAGGUUCAAAGACCAAUGCAUGCCUGGAACGUUCGAAGACUGCAUGACUUGACUUACGUCCUUUGUGUUUUUGACAAAUGAUAUUUCUCAGCAAUGCCUUCAGAAGUCUUCGUUGAUUAUUUUCAUAGAAAAGAAACAUACUCAUAUAAGUUUCCAUUUCAAAAAUCUAAAUAGGGAAAAAAAUGUUUGGGUGUUCAUCGUUUCACUUUCAAAUGCACGGUGUCAAUGUUCAUAAUCUUAGCUUAAUGAAAAAGCAAAACGGCUUACUCUCGAAAACCUUCAACCGUGUCUCGGAAUCUCGAAGCGUUCUCAAAUCCCAAAGCAAUUUUUUCUCCCUUUAACUCGGCUCAAGAUCUUGGGCUACUUCCUCUGCCAGUAUUUACCUCCGGCCCGGGUGGGUGAGGCUUUGUGACAGGCCGUUCCUGAUUCCUUUUUUAAUCUGUCCAUUUCUUGCUGUGGUGCUGGUGGCGGGGGUGAGUGAAAGACCUACUUGUGACUUUCUUGCUGUGCCGUUUCGUCUAUUUUCAUACGCCAGUUUUGCC